GGCGCAGCCGGAUGUUGAUAAUAGUUUCACACGUUGCCGGUUGUUGGUUGUUACUCCUAACCAGAUUGUUUUAUGUAAAUUAUAAACAGUGCACCAAAUUUGAUCGUUUUAAGUCGCUAUGUCGGCGUCACUGGUCAGAAGAGGGCUGGAGCUGCUGAGCGAUGACAUUAAAGAUGUCAGUAAGAAGAAGAAACACCAGACUCCCAGCUCAGCGAAGGUGAUGGACCUGGUGAGCACCAAGCGCCAGGGAGUCACCAGGCAGGUGAAGAGGCUCCAGGGCCGACUUGGGCCAGGAAAAAGCAAAGCUACAGUCAAGGACAAGAGGAUCAAAUCAGCAGUGGAGGAGUUCAGAAAGAACCAGGGGAAGAGCCAUCUGAGUGCCAACCUCGAGUACUUUAUGAAAACUACCCGCAGAACAUCAGAUUCUGAUACUAAAAAGAUCCUGAGCUACAACUCAGGGCGGCAGUCCAGAAACCUUCCAGAUGUACCCAUGAAGACCAAGGAACCCGAGUCUGUGUUCACAGAGGAAGAGUUCCAGCAGUUCCAGAAAGAAUACUUUGGCCAAAGUGUGAAGGAGAAGAAAUAACAUACGCCCUGAAAAUAAAAGACACUGCAGAUACAGCGGAGGCCACAGGGAUAUGUUUGGUGGAUCAGAGGGGAUUUUUGGAUCAGACUACGAACUAUACGUUUUUUUUGUCC